UAUUCCAAUGAUUCCCCAUCACUCUUCAUAUUGUGUUUCGCAUGUAAAGAAGUGCUUUUGAAGCGCCGUUCUCGGGGGACGUGACGUCAGUCUUUGGCCAAGAGUGGAAGAGUAAAGACGGAUUUUUUUCCUCGCAAGUUCUCAGACUAAUUUUGAUUUAGCACCUUGUUGCUCGGUCUAUAAAUUUAUUAAACGCGUUAUCUGGUGUACGUCUAGUUUUUUUUUGGGAAGGAAAAGAAUAAGUUUCUUAUCAGUGAAAUGGCCUUUAAUCGUAUAUCGCUGAUUAAAUUGCUGGAAUUGGUUCUGGCCGUGUCAUGCCUUGUGCUGCACUACCAUAGUUUGGGUGAAACUGAUACCAUCACGAUCAUCCUCACUUCGGGCACUUUCCUCGGUUUCAGCAUCAUUCUCAUUGGAUUGUUUGUCUGUUAUUUGAUUAAUUCACCAAUCCACAAGAGACACGAUAUUUUCUACAGCCUCGUGGGAUGCGUUCUAUUCAUUGCAGCUGGGGCAUUGAUCAUUCAGGAGUGGGAGAAUGCUUUUAAGACCGACCGCAGGAAAAUUGCUCUCUCAAAGGGAUCUCUUUCCAUCAUAAAUGGAGCUAUUUUCCUCUUUGACAUCUUUUUCGUGUUCAGAAGCUAAGAAGCUUCUCAGGGAAAACACAUUAGUGUUUUUUACCAGAUAAAAAAACCUAAAAGGGUUGUGAAAGCACCCGAAUACCAGAAAGACAUCUUCUGAGAUUAUUUUUUUAACACUCCUACUAAACUGUUUAUUAUCGUGUACGACAAGGGGAAGGAUAAAGCUUCCCUUUUCCUUUCUCAAUAUAUUCUCGUAAAUCUUUUAUCAUUCCGUCUUGGCUUUCACUUUAUAGCACGCCUAAAAAUUGAGUGUAUAGGAAGCUUUACCACCUUGUUUUGAAUAUUAAUAUUCUUUUUCUCAUCUCGGCGGAUGCCGAUUGUUUAUGUUAAAUUUGUUAGAAGAUAAAUUUUCUAUUCGGAUUAAGAAACUUCACAGCUUCUAUUUUAAACAUUACACUUUUUGAAAAUAUUUUAUUAUUUUCCUAACAAAUACACAAGAGGAAGCAACAGAAGAGAUAAUAUUAUGUAAUUGCAAUAAUCGCUCUAUUAUUGUAUUCUUCUUUUAGUUUAGAGAGUAAGAUGAUUUUAGCAGACCCGGAGAGUUAUUUUUGGUUCGAGACGAAGCUCUCUUUUAAAUAAAAAAGAUUUUAAAGCUCAAUUUUUUUAAAAGAUAAAAUAACUUGUUUCUUGAGGAAUUUUUUUUAUCUUUCUAUGAAUUUUGUUGCACAUUUGAAGCGUCCCAAUUAGUUGUUAUCAUUUUUAUGAUUUCUCAAAAUCAACAACUAAAUUAGAGAACAUUAUACAUUUUUAUCCAUAUAUAUAUAUAUAUAUAUAUGAGAUUGUAAAAUAUAAAUCUCUUGUGUCAAUUAAAUGUUAUCUCAUAAAAAAUAUAAUAUGCAGAUAUGUUGAAGCUUUUGUAUUACUUGUGAAUCAUAUACGUGGCCUUAAAAUUGUAGUUUUUGCGAUAAAUGUAAGGCAAUUUAUCUGAAACAGCAGCUGAGCUUUUCUUGUUGAUUUCGUAGCUUUAAUGCAAAAAUUCCCGUUUUGUUUAAAAUAUAUAAUGCCAAAAUAAGAUUUCCUUUAUUAAAAAAAAAUGAGUGAAACUUUUGAUUUCACUAAAAUAUUCACAAGAAUGUUGACCAAAUAUAUAUAUCAAAAAUAGCUUUACAGGCCUGUUUUAACCGGAGAUGCUUUGAGAAUGACUUCAUCAUUUCUCAGAUGUGUGAGAAAUUAAACCAGAGAAGCGACCUUUUCUUGAACAUUGAUAAGAUAGAGUGAAAAACAUGAAUAACUUAUCUGUAUGCUGAAUACUUAAUUAAUUAACACACACACAUGUUAUCAUAAAUAUUUAUAAACGGUCUAUUUGCCGAUUUUGUCCUCCAACUUCAUGGGACAUCGUCUCAAGCACACAAUAUGUAAUCGAUAUUUUAUUUUUAAUGAUGAAAGAAGGAUGUCACAGUGUGGCCAAAAAAACAACAACAACCCAAAAGUGCCUCAGAGGCAAAAGUAACAAAGUUCAAAAAGCUCGUCUUUUUUUCCAAGAAGCCAAUAAACUAUUUUUGUACGGCACAAAAUGUUGAUGAAUAAUAAUAUUUAUACAAGAUAUUCAUAUUUUUUGUAAUAAUAUAUUUUAUCUAUUUUACCUAUUUUUUUGAAUAUUUGCUAUGUUGAAUAUAUUUCUCCUGAGAGAAUUUAAUGUAUAUUUCAUUGUAAAGAGGAAUCUUUUUAACAAGAAGUAUUUUGUAGAAAUAAAAGAGAGGCAAUAUUGCCAAAA